AUGGGUUCAAUAUUUAUUGGUUUGCAACCCAAUGACUAUUUUGCCAUCCUUAUGGCCGUGGUUGUUAUAGGCAUUUUGACCAAUGCCUUCAUUGUACUAGUCAACCUCAGAGACUGGCUGAAAGGCCAAAGCCUGAACUCCAGCGAUAAGCUGGUGGUUUCUCUCGCCCUUUCAAACACAUGCUUUUCUAUUGCAAAUGCUGCCAUCACCACAUGCGCUUUCUUUUUUGUGGAACUCGUGCUUGUGGACUACAUUUAUUAUAUCUUGUACGGUUUGGUGUCCUACGCCCUCUUCUCAAGUUCCUGGCUUUCCUCCUGGCUGUGUUUGUUCUUUUUUUUGAAAAUUAUUACCUUCCAAGGUGGCUGCUUUGGGUGGAUGAAGAACAAGGUUGAACUUCUGGUCCCUUGGCUGAUAUUCUUGUCUCAAGUUAUGUCCUUCGUCAGCGUUCUUCCUUUUUUCUGGACGACGACAAAGGUGUUUGCAGGAAAUUUCACAUCUUCGGAGCUUAUCGUUAUCGGAUAUCAAACCAACAGUUUUUACAAUUACAUUUCAUUGGUGGUAAACUGCUUUGUGCCGUUUCUGAUUGUCACGGCCACCACCGGUCGCAUUAUUGCUUCGCUCUCUUUGCAUGCCCAUCACAUGAAGCAAAACAUGGAGGAUUCUUCUGGGCCGAGCCUUAAAGUCCAUCAAGUGGCUGCUAGAACCAUGUCAUUGCUUCUUGUGAUUUAUCUCAUUUUCUAUGUGGUAGAGCUUAGCCUUGGGUUCCUUUCACAGGCCAGUCAAUUCUACUGGAUGUGCUUUAUGCUCAUUUUACUCUUUCCCACCCUACAGUCCCUCGUACUUAUCACAGGGAACUCCAAGUUGAGGCAGGUGUGUUCAGACUUGAUGAGCUGUAAAAGGAAACACUAGCAAGGCCGCUCAAACCAAUAUCUAUAAAUCUUUGAUUAACAAGUUAUAGUAUGCAAGUAU